AUGGCUGGAUUUCCUCCGAGGCAUCCCGGAUUUGGGAAUUCCGGGAAGUGUUUUCUCAUAGAGAAUCUGCUGCGUCCGGGAAGUUCCUCACCUGCGGCAGGUGUGCGUUUCCCCGCUCUGAGUCUGAUGCUGAAGUGUGUUUCUCACAGCGGGGCCCCUGAGGACCACAAGGGCCGUUUCACUCAUCCAUCCGUCUCUCCUCUAGUUAUAAUGGCUGGUGUCGCUCUGCCCUGCUGCUCUGGAUCUGGAUCCGUGAUGUCGUCUACUCCUCUGUUCCCUAGGGGCGUCGGAUCCGUACUGUGGAGUCCAGCGCUGAAUUCCAGGUCUCGGCGAAUCCUGCGACGAGCCGUGUUCUCCGAGGAACAGAGACGAGAGCUGGAGAAGACCUUCCGCAAACAGAAAUACAUCAGCAAGACAGACCGCAACAGACUGGCCACAGACCUCUGCUUGAAAGAGACACAGGUGAAGAUCUGGUUCCAGAACCGCAGAAUGAAGUGGAGGAACUCCAAAGAGAAGGAGAGCUCAUUCUCACGGCCGCACAUGGAGCGACUGAUGGUCUGGAGCCAAUCAGAACCAGCCGACACGACACAUGUGACACACACUCACCUGUACACAGACGAGCGCUGCAAAGAUGAUUUAUGACACACUCUUCAUCUCUUCAGAGACUCUUGGUGCAAAACAUGGAGAGCUGGAAAAUAUUGCUUUUUCUGCAAAACCUGGACAUUUUACAGUAGUGAUUUAUUGUGGAAAUCCACAAGUUUCGGUAACACAUUACAAUAAAUGCAUUAACUAACAAUGAGCAAUAGAUUUCGAAUAUUUGUCCAAUAAAUAAUAUUAAAGCUAGGGUAGGCAAUUUAGGAGAGGCUAGCGUCAAAAAUCACAUAUUAUAUAAAAACAGUAUGUGCAUGAAGGUAUGCAAAUACAUACGUUGACAGGCAGGAAGGACAUCCUAUCAUUGCAUUCAGGACUGAAUUCAUUGAUUGGACAAAUAUUUUUUGGUUCCACAGAUGAUAUAUGAAUAUAUAUUGUUUGCUAUCAGGAUGUGAAGAGCAUUUUAACCAGUAUAACAAAAAGUGUUUUGGAAAAACAUUGCCUACCCUAGCUUUAACUUUUGAGUUUAAAUAAUGCAUUAGUAAAUGUUGACAUUAACAUAAACUAAUAUUAAUAAAUGCUUUAGAAUAUUUGUUGUUGUUCGUUCAUGUUGUAUUAACUAAUGUUUAUUGUAAAGUGUUACUGAAACAAGUCAUGAAAUUUCACUGGUGCAAAAGUGUUGGAAAAUGUGAAUAAUGCAACUGCUCUUUAUCUUAAAUUUGUCAU